UUUUCACUCUCUCACUACCUUAACAUAAUCCUCUGCCAACCCCACAAUCUCGACAUUUCUCUCUGCCCCUCUCUCUCUCCCUCUCCCUACUGCACCCAAAUUGGUUUCAUUACCCACCCAGAAAUCCCACAAUGUUUUGAUUGAAAACCCAUUUCAAGAAAUCAACAUUUGGAUCGAAAUUAGGAAACUUAAUUUUCUCUAGAAAGCCUGGAAUUCAUACUAAAGUUGGUGGUGGAGGUUUAGUUGUAGACUGAGCAUAUGCCUGGGAACAAGUACAACGGCAACCCAGCCAUCCCCACAAGUAGAUUAGAAAGGCUCUUGAGAGAUAGAGAGAUAAGAAAGAGCAACAAGGCUUCUCAUUCAAAUGAGGCUACUGAAAAUAACAAAGGGAUUGAACUGCGCUCGAGAGAAGGCGAUAACUUUGGGGCUUCUUCCUAUGUGGAACAAUAUUUGGAAGGGGCCUCGGCUGCACAGGCGCUUGGUGAAGGAUGGGAAAGGCCAGAUGGGAGACCCUUCAGGCAAAGACUGUUGGUGGUGGCCAAUAGGUUACCUGUCUCUGCAGUUAGAAGAGGUGAGGAGUCCUGGUCACUGGAGAUAAGCGGCGGGGGUCUAGUCACUGCUCUUCUGGGUGUGAAGGAGUUCGAGGCAAGAUGGAUUGGGUGGGCUGGUGUUAAUGUGCCAGAUGAGGCUGGACAGAGGGCACUUACUAAAGCUUUGGCUGAAAAGAGAUGUAUUCCAGUAUUUCUUGAUGAAGAUAUUGUUCAUCAAUAUUAUAAUGGGUAUUGCAACAACAUAUUAUGGCCUCUUUUUCAUUAUCUUGGACUUCCGCAAGAAGAUCGUCUUGCCACUACCAGAAGUUUUCAGUCUCAGUUUGCUGCAUAUAUGAAAGCAAAUAAGAUGUUUGCUGAUGUGGUAAACCAGCAUUAUGAAGAGGGUGAUGUUGUGUGGUGCCAUGACUACCACCUCAUGUUUCUUCCAAAAUGCUUGAAGGAACACAAUAGCAAAAUGAAAGUUGGUUGGUUUCUUCACACACCCUUUCCUUCUUCUGAAAUCCACAGGACGCUGCCAUCUCGAAAAGAGCUGCUGCGUGCAGUUCUUGCUGCUGACCUGGUUGGUUUCCACACCUAUGACUAUGCUAGGCAUUUUGUUAGUGCGUGCACUCGAAUUCUUGGGCUUGAAGGCACACCUGAAGGAGUAGAGGAUCAAGGAAGGCUGACUCGUGUGGCUGCGUUUCCUAUUGGGAUAGAUUCAGAUCGGUUCAUUCGUGCACUUGAGGAUACUGAAGUCCAGAAACACAUCAAAGAACUAAAAGAUAGAUUUGCUGGGAGAAAGGUGAUGUUAGGUGUUGAUCGCCUUGAUAUGAUCAAAGGAAUUCCUCAAAAGAUUCUGGCAUUUGAAAAGUUCCUUGAGGAAAACCCGAAUUGGCGUGAUAAAGUGGUUUUGCUGCAAAUUGCUGUGCCAACAAGAACAGAUGUUCCUGAAUAUCAAAAACUUACAAGCCAGGUUCAUGAAAUUGUUGGACGCAUUAAUGGCAGAUUUGGGACUUUGACUGCUGUUCCAAUACAUCAUCUGGAUCGUUCUCUCGAUUUCUAUGCAUUAUGCGCACUCUAUGCUGUUACUGAUGUAGCACUUGUCACAUCUUUGCGAGAUGGAAUGAAUCUCGUCAGCUAUGAGUUUGUGGCCUGUCAAGAUGCAAAGAAAGGGGUUCUCAUUCUUAGUGAAUUUGCAGGUGCUGCACAGUCUCUGGGUGCUGGAGCAAUUCUUGUGAACCCCUGGAAUAUAACUGAAGUUGCUUCUUCAAUUGGCCAAGCUUUGAACAUGUCAGCUGAAGAAAGAGAGAAGCGUCACCGACAUAACUUUGUGCAUGUGACUACCCACACUGCUCAAGAAUGGGCUGAAACUUUUGUCAGUGAACUGAAUGAUACUGUUGUUGAAGCUCAGCUAAGGAUAAGACAAGUUCCACCUCUACUUCCGGUCAAAGAUGCAAUCAAACAUUACUUGCAAUCCAAUAAUAGAUUACUUAUACUGGGAUUCAAUGCAACGUUAACUGAAACAGUGGAUACUCCAGGAAGAAGAGGGGGGGAUCAAAUUAGAGAAAUGGAACUUAAAUUACAUCCGGAGCUAAAAGAAUACCUAACAGCACUCUGUAGUGAUCCAAAGACGACCAUUGUUGUCCUCAGUGCAAGUGGAAGACGAGUCUUAGAUGAAAACUUUGGUGAGUACAACAUGUGGCUGGCAGCAGAAAACGGAAUGUUUCUUCGCUUUACAAAGGGUGAAUGGAUGACAACAAUGCCAGAGCAUUUAAAUAUGGAAUGGGUUGAUAGUGUUAAGCAUGUUUUUGAGUAUUUUACUGAAAGAACACCUCGGUCACAUUUUGAACCCCGUGAAACUUCACUUGUAUGGAAUUACAAGUAUGCAGAUCCUGAAUUUGGAAAACUGCAAGCCAGGGAUAUGCUGCAGCAUCUCUGGACAGGCCCAAUUUCUAAUGCUUCUGUUGAUGUUGUCCAAGGUAGCCGUUCUGUUGAGGUCCGAGCAGUUGGUGUUACAAAGGGAGCUGCAAUCGAUCGUAUAUUGGGAGAGAUAGUUCACAGUAAAUCCAUUUCUACACCAAUUGAUUAUGUCCUAUGCAUCGGGCAUUUUCUAGGGAAGGAUGAGGAUGUCUACACAUUUUUUGAGCCAGAGCUUCCCUCCGACACGAUAGGCAUUCCAAGAACCAAGAUAACUGAUACACUAAAGCUAUCUGGGGAGAGAAGGCCACCUUUGAAGCUUCCAGCUAGCAAAAGUGGCUCUAAAUCAUCAUCUCAGAAUAAAACUCAACGACCCCUGCCAAACUCAGACAAGAAAACCAACAACCAUGUAUGUGGGAGUGGACGUCGACCAUCUCCAGAAAAGAUGUCGUGGAACGUGCUCGACCUCAAGGGAGAGAAUUACUUCUCUUGCUCUGUGGGCCGGACUCGUACCAAUGCUCGCUAUCUUCUUCACUCAUCAGGUGAUGUUGUCGCUUUUAUGAAGGAACUGGCUGGGCUAUCUGUCUCAAGCCCAACAUUGUCGCUUUGAGACAUGUCAUGGUCUCUUUGUUUGUAAAUUGUCAUAUGCAACUAAUUCACAAUUCAGGAAAUGUGGUUUGGAUUUGAAGGGCAUGGUGGCCCUUAGGAGUUGUAACACAACCUUAACAAAGGCAUUUUAAUUAGAUUUUAGCAUAUGGGAAGAGCACAUAACCUGGGUAUAUGAUCAAAAGCUCAGUUUUUUGUUUUUUUUGUUUUUGUUUUUUGAACGAAUGAUCAAAAGCUCUGUUAUGCAAUAUAGGAAUAACAGUUUAAAAAUACCAAAUGCUAAA